AUGGAUUCCAGCUUCCAUGGCCGCCCACCAACGCGUCGACGCGCACUCGGAGAUGGCACCAAUCGCGUGAACGAGGGCCCACGCACUCAGCAAGGGAACGAAAAGCGCAGCAACAGCUACGCAUCUUCGUCACCUCAGCCGCUCCCCCACAACGAGUUCAUAGUUCCAAAUGGUACUCUUGCUGUUCGGCACGAAGAAGCCUCGCCAGAAAACAAGCGUCUAUCCGUAGUUCAAGCCCACGAAGGCCGCCCUCACACCUCCAAGCGCGAUUCCGAAAUUUCGAAUGCGAGCACCAAUGCCUCUAUCUCGAACCGCCGCCGCAAGACACACAUUGGCCCUUGGCAGCUGGGUAGGACUAUUGGACGAGGUGGCUGUUCGCGUGUACGACUUGUCAGGCACAGCGGCACAGGACAAUAUGGUGCGGCAAAGAUCAUCUCGAAAGCUACAGCAGAGAAGGUGCGCGCUCUAAGCCUGGCCAAUCUCAUUCAGAGCGCUGAGCAGGACUCGUCACUAUAUCCCGAUGGCAAGGUCAUUCCAUUUGGCCUGGAGCGCGAGAUCUGCAUCAUGAAGUUGCUGGACCAUCCCAACAUCGUCCGCCUAUAUGAUAUUUGGGAGAACCGCGAUGAGCUUUACCUCAUCAUGGAGUUUGUAGAAGAUGGCGAGCUUUUCAGUUACAUUCACGAGCAACAUGGACUGAUCGAGAUCCAUACGGUCCAUAUCUUCCGUCAGAUCAUCGCAGCUUUAAUCUACUGCCAUCGAAUUAAUAUUCAUCAUCGCGACCUCAAGCCCGAGAACAUCCUGCUGGACAGAGUUACCAUGACGGUCAAGCUUGUCGACUUCGGCAUGGCUGCGCUACAGCCUAUCGGCAAGAAACUUACCACACCCUGCGGUAGCCCUCAUUAUGCUGCACCAGAGGUUAUCAAGACUACAUCCUAUGACGGAGGAAAGGCAGAUGUAUGGAGCUGUGGAGUCAUACUAUUCGUCCUCCUCACCGGCACCCCUCCCUUCAACUACUCUGGCGAUGAGCGCGAUUUGAAGCACCUGUUUCGUGAUAUCGCAGCGGCGAAGUAUGUCAUGCCCGACAACAUCUCUAGAGAAGCCCAGGACCUGAUCGGGAGGAUUCUGAUCGCUGAUCCAAACCGUCGCAUCUCUAUCGAUGAGAUCUGGGACCAUCCUUUCCUCAGCAAGUAUCAGCAAGAGCUAAACUUCGUGGGAGAGAAUGCCAACGUCAACCACUGGACUGGUCCUCUUCCCGCUAUUGCAGAGUGGACAACUCUGGAGCGCAAAUCCGUUGAUCGCGAAAUCUUGCGUUACCUGCGUACGCUCUGGCACAGCGAGAAGGAGGAGGCUCUGGUCCAGAAGCUGCUGAGUCAAGAAGCAAACCAAGAGAAGUACUUCUACUCUGCACUAAAGAAGUACCACACCGACCAGUUGGAGAACUAUCAACCGAGCGCGCACUAUACCGUAGCUCAUUCCAACAGCGAUCAUCAUCACAAUACGCGCCAUGUGCCCACACGCAAGGAUAUGGAAGAACUUCCCAUAAACGACCACGCUCACAAGCGCUCACAAUCUGCCUAUUCGAUCUUGAAUAACGAGCAUCUAUACUCGAAGCACAGCCUCUAUGAGUCGCCUGUCUCUGAAGCCAGCUACGAUCCAUACCGAGCUUCACGGCAGCCCAUCGUUCCCAUUCCAGAAGAUGCCCCUCUCAACCAGAAUGUUACCGUUCACCGGGGGCGUAGCAGCCGCAGCGACAAGCAACGUCCCACCACGGCUUUCGGACAUCAUACGGGGAACUCAUUACGCGUUCAAGCUCUGCGGAACAACUCUAAGCGUAGUUCUGCAAUUUCGCGCGGCUCUUCACAAUGCACUCCUUCCCACCAUAGCACUCCUUCAUAUCAUCGUGCCCCUUCGGUCCAGCAACGUUCAAUGUCCCGGUCGUCCUUCGCGAGCUCCCAUUGGCCUAGUAGCCCACCUGUCGUUGCUCGCUCCGCUGGUAUGGGUAAAAGAGGUGUGAGCUUUUCGCACCUGCGCGAUCGUCGGUCUUCGGCAGCGACAGCUAGCAGCUGGCAAACUGAGGCUGGCUCUUGUGCUGAUUACAUGUCUCAUCGGCCUCACACUUCUGUUGGGUCUUACGGACCAUCUAUCAAGACUGGCACGAAUCGGUUAGUCCCCAAGCCAAGGGCUCGUAUGAACUCAGAGACGCCACGCCUGAAACUUCGCAAGCCAGGGAGCCCUACCAAGUACAUCCAGGGAGAGGCUCGGAAGGUCAGCAUGGAGCUGGGCAAAGUCAUGGAAGAAGCUUUCAACCGCUCUUCGGUCGGCUCAAGCAUUCGGUCAGAUGCUUAUCACGAUGCCUCGCAGUACGAAAGCCCUCCAACUUCUUUCUCCAAUACUCGAGACUCAGGCGGCAGUACACUGGCCACUACCCCGGGUACAAGGUUAUUUUUUGGAGAUCGGCCGCUGCCACCGAUCCCGGCCGAGACUCCCAACACCUUCCUGCAGCGAAAGCUGGCGGAGACUCGUGAAGAGAUUGCCCAGCGCCUGAAUGAGGAUGACGAUAGCACUGAACACUUCAACAAUGUGCUUGAACACCUCGAUCGCCUCAUGGUGCCUGCAGUCGGUGGCAAGCGUACGGUCUCAGCUCCCGUUAAGUCUCCUGAGCGUAGGCCGCUCCGUGUGAUUCCCGAGGAGGUGAAGGCUGAUAAUAGAGAUGGGUUUGACAUUCGUGUUCCCAAGCAUCGAGCUGUCACUGACCCAAUCAGGCCUCAAAGCCGUCGUGUGGUGACUGAGCAGCAGCAGACUAUUCGUCUCGUAGAUGGAUCUCCCACUCGCGUUGCUCCUCUGAACAUCCGCAAGCGCAGUGGUUCAAGCUUGAAAACGAAUGCGACUCAGGAGAUGUCUGCCGUACCUACAAUUCGACCGUACCAUGACGGACAACCCAAUUUUCGGGCUCCACGUACGAACGACGCCGCUCCCGUCUUUGAGAAGCAGAACAUGGUGCUCAAGAAGAAGAAAUCGUUGUGGUUCCGUCGCAACACCGGCGAGCAGGAGCGCGACCAAGAGAACAAGGAGAACCAAGUCAAUAAGAAGCAGUCGAACAUACUCCUCCAGAUUCCAGAGGCAUGGCAAGGUCUGGAUGACCGCAUCAAGACUGACCGCGCCCCCUUCACGAACGUCGAUAAUACGAAGCAUGAUCAGAAGCGGUCUGAUGGUAGCAGUGGGAGUAAAUUCCCUAUGCGCAACAGCAGCUCUUCUGCUGCUGCGAAGAGCGAUUCAGUUCGCAAGGGGAUUUUCGCCUUCCUUGGCAAGAAAUCGAAGGAUGACAAGGGCAAGAAGUCUAUGGAGCUGGGAGCACUCAACUUCAGCUCGUCUUCUAUCCUAUCUAACUUCGACGUCGGAUCCGAUAACAACAAUGAUACAGUUCGUGCCGGUCCGCCUGAGAUGCAGAUGAAUUGGUUAUCACGCUUCCUUCACAUCAAGCCCGCUAGCAAGACUCUGUGUUUCCAGAUCGGCCGUGGCAAAGUUCGCCAGGACCUGGUUCGUCUUCUGCGCGACUGGCAGCGCUUCGGCGUCCGGGACGUAUCGUUGGACCGCAAAGCAAAUUCCAUCAGCGCACGCAUUGACAAGAGCAACCACCUAAAAAUCAAACCCGUAACCUUCGUCAUCGAACUCUUCGUCGUACUCGAACACGGACACCGCGCUAACCUCUGCCUCGCGCGCUUCACGCAAACCCGCGGCGCUGCCUCCAGCUUCCGCAAAGUGGUCGAUAUCGUCGAGGAUGUGUGUCGCGCGCGCUGUAUGUUGGUUGAGGACGAGGAGAAGAAGGCGAGCAUGGUGGAGGUUUUGGAGUAG